CCUUUUUGUGCAUCUCCAGCUGGACAGAUGCUCUGCUUCAAGCAUCUGGACUAAACCACGACUGGUUCUCAAGCUUCUUUAUCUUGUGAGACUCUGUUGCGAACAUGUCGAGACGAAGCCGAAACAGUGAUUCGUGGGAAUCUGUUUGGGCUGGGCUCCACUGGGAUGCCGACGCCGGGGCUCUUGUGUUGUCCACUGAAGCUGAAGAAUGGAGCUAUGACCGACUUGAGUACAGUGAUUCGGAUUCUGAGGGUGACUGUUCGGGAGUGAUGAGUCCUAAGGUCCCCAGUGCAAUACCCGUUAUAGGAGAGUCGUACUGCAGCUGUGAUUACCAGACAGAGACCAGUUACAACCCUCGUUUUCGAGGAUUUCACCAAAUUAAAGACUGCCACUGUGGAGAGGAUGACCAGGAUUUUGACUGGGCUUGGGACAUAAGCGGACGAUCAACAGCAACUUUAUUGAGCUGCGACAAUCGCAAAGUGAGUUUCCAUUCCGACUACAGCUGUGGUACGGCAGCAGUCCGCGGCUCCAAGGAGCUGGCUGAUGGGCAGCACUUUUGGGAAAUCAAGAUGACAUCUCCGGUGUACGGAACAGAUAUGAUGGUUGGAAUUGGAUCAUCUGAUGUAAAUCUAGACAAAUUCAAGCACACGUUCUGCAGCUUGUUGGGGAAAGAUGCAGACAGCUGGGGUCUUUCUUACACCGGCUUGUUGCAUCAUAAAGGAAAGAAGAUAAACUUCUCUUCUUGUUUUGGACAAGGAUCAAUCAUCGGAGUUCAUCUGGACACAUGGCACGGCACUCUGACUUUCUUCAAGAAUCGCAAGUGCAUUGGAGUUGCAGCCACAGAGCUACACAAUAAGAGGUUUUACCCCAUGGUGUGCUCCACAGCAGCCAAAAGCAGCAUGAAGGUCAUCAGGUCGUGCUCCGCCCCCACCUCGCUCCUGUACCUGUGCUGCGCUCGCCUUCGCCGCCUGGUGCCAGACUGUAUAGACACGCUGGACGUAUUGCCGCUGCCGCCUGGCCUACGUCACUUGCUCCACAACAAACUGGGGUGGGUGCUCAGUCUGAACGGAGGCAACACAGAAGAGAACCCGGACAGGCCUGAGCCGUCCUCUCACUCGACCGUCACCCCCUCGACUGGACCGUCUUAUUCUGAGAGUGACUCAGAAGGGUGUACGUCUGACCCCGAAGCCUGUAAGAGGAAGAGGUGCCGCUGGACGUGACGGGUCAGCUCCAAUCCUCGCGUCUGUUUUAACACUCAGCGGUGACAAACUGUGGCGUCCAGCCUUGUGGACCGGCCAGCGUCGGUCGGGGGCGAGUUAAGCCGAGGGAGCAGUACAUCACUGGAAAAUGUGUUUUUCUUCCGCUGCACCUUCACCGUGACCUUGCUACUUUAUAUUUAUCGCACGUCAGUAUCCAAACCUUAUCCGUCACAAUGUAUUUUAAAGAAUAGCACAG